AACAAACAGUGGCAGUUACUCUGUUUGGUUUGUACUAAUACAGAGGCAGGAGAUUAGUUUGAAUCGGCUUGGGAUGCACUGAAGCGUUCGUGAAGAUUCACUUCAGCUUCUGAAUUUGGGGGGCAGCACUGAGGCCAACAUUCACCUGUAACCAGCCUGAUGAGAUGAAAGAUGGGAUCCUCAGUUUUUGUUAAAGUGAUUCUUUGCCCCCUCAGGUGGAUCCUUGUCUUGGUCAUCUUGGUGCAGCAGCUCAAUGCAGGGGGGAUUGAGGGCCCAUGUGAAGGUAGAGACUGCUCUGUAUGUCAGUGUCUUCCUGCCAAAGGUGCACAGGGUGCCCCAGGGAAGCCAGGCCAGCAAGGCUCCCGGGGACCAAUGGGCCCAAGGGGACGUGAAGGGCCACCUGGAGAGAAAGGCACGAGGGGAGCAGAGGGAUCACAUGGGCCACAGGGGCCCAAAGGAAGCCGUGGCAAUACCGGUGCUCCUGGAUUUCCUGGUAAUGAUGGCUCAUCAGGCCACCCUGGAGCAGGUGGAGAGCCUGGAUUGCCAGGAGUGGAUGGCUGUAAUGGGACAAGGGGUCGACCAGGAGUCCCUGGUAUUCCUGGUUUAGAUGGUCUCCAUGGGCCGCCGGGAUCACCUGGACCUAAAGGAAUUAAAGGAGAACCUCUGUAUGGUGCUGCCCUUCCAGGACUUCCUGGGGACCGUGGUAGAGAUGGGAAACAUGGUCUACCAGGAAGACAAGGAGACAUUGGGCCUAAGGGCUACACUGGCCCUCGUGGCUUUCCUGGACUUGAGGGCUUGGAAGGACCUAAAGGUGUGAGAGGACUACCAGGCAACCCUGGAGGAUCACUGGCAGGCGAUAAAGGUGACGAUGGUGAACAAGGCCUACCUGGCCCACAAGGACCAGAAGAAGUCAUAGAAUUUCCUCCAGAUGUCCUUCCACCCAAAGGUUACAAGGGAGACCGCGGUCUUCCUGGACCAUGUGGACCAAAGGGCAUAAGCGGUGGUAGAGGAGACUGCUACAAUCAAGAAAUUAAAGGAGAACAAGGAAUCCCUGGUUUUCCUGGUGCUCGGGGUCUUCCAGGAUUUCCUGGUAGAGAUGGACUGCCAGGACUUGAGGGUUUCCUUGGGGAGAGAGGACUUCCAGGUCUCAUUGGAAGAAUUGGACCAAAGGGUUACCCAGGAGAUCCAGGUCUCCCCGGUCCUGUGAACUUUCACAAUGGAAGUGAUGCCAGAGGUGCUAAAGGUGACCAUGGGCAUCCUGGAUUGGCUGGACUCCCAGGUGAUCCUGGGUUAAUGGGCAUGCAUGGACCUCCUGGCCCACCAGGGUUAAUAAUCCCAGAGGAGCCAGGUCUGCCUGGUCCACGAGGGCCCCCCGGUCCCAAGGGCUAUAAGGGAGAGCCAGGAAGGUACAAUUACUUUGAAAGCGUUCCGUUUCCAGGACUAAAGGGAACUAAAGGACCCCCCGGACCUAAAGGUGUCACAGGCCUCCCAGGUCCUCCAGGAUGUGGAGAUUACUACUGUGAGCCUGGAAACCCAGGGGACCCUGGAGAUCCAGGCCCCAAAGGAUCUCCUGGAUACAAAGGACUCAAAGGAAUUAAAGGCUGUCCUGGGGAAUGUCAUUGUCGGUCUGAUCGGGGAAGCAUAGGGCCCCCUGGUCCAACUGGUUAUACAGGACCUCCAGGAUUUCCUGGAACUCAAGGAGUUAAGGGAGACCCAGGACUGAAAGGAGAUGAGGGCCCAAGAGGACCACAAGGCCUUCAAGGAAGUCCUGGUUUAAAUGGACAGAAGGGUCAAAAAGGUGACUAUGUGACAGAUGUUAAAGGUGCCAAGGGUAACCAAGGAGUACCUGGACAUUCUGGUCCUCCUGGGGUAACAGGCAGGCCAGGACGUGAUGGCCCCCCUGGCCCUGCUGGAGACCCAGGACCACCUGGUGCUGGAUAUGCUGGAUUACCUGGUCCCAAAGGUGAGCCUGGUGCUGCAGGACCCAAAGGGUUUCCAGGGCUUGUAGGGCCCCAUGGUCCUUAUUUCCCAGGCCCUAAGGGGCUACCUGGACCAAAAGGAGAUCAGGGACAUCCUGGCCCCCCUGGAAUUCCUGGGCGACCAGGCCCUCUAGGUGAAACUGAGGUAUGCUGUCAUGAAGAUGCAAUUGGAUCACCUGGUCCUAAGGGUGAAUCGGGUGAGCCAGGGAUUCCAGGUGAGCCAGGAAGACAGGGUCUCCCAGGAGCUCCAGGAUACCCAGGCCAGAAAGGCAUGAAAGGAGAUGACGUUGAAAUUGGAGGGAUCAGCCUGCCAGGACCUCGAGGUUUAAAUGGGGAUCCAGGUGACCCUGGUCCCAGGGGAAUUAGCCUGGAUGGCCCUGUAGGCGCUCCUGGGUUACCAGGACCCCCAGGCUGGAAGGGUACCCCAGGAGAUGUCUUCUCUGCCAGGCCAGGUGCUACUGGCCCACCUGGCCGCCCUGGGGCUGUGGGGACUAACGGACCCCGUGGCAUUCCUGGAUACCCAGGGUCUCCAGGAAUACAGGGCCAGCCUGGACCACCGGGUUUUAAAGGAGAGCCAGGAGUCAAUGGUGACCCUGGAGCCACUGGUUCCCCAGGCCCACCCUGCACUGUGUGUGACCUGUAUGGACCUACAGGCCCUCCAGGACUUCCAGGAAACCCUGGACUGAGGGGAGUACCAGGCAACAUUGGUCAAAAGGGUUUUAAGGGAGAUAUAGGUCUACCAGGUCAUGGACAGUUGGGUCCACAAGGUUUCCCUGGCCCUCCCGGUUUGCCAGGCCCAGCUGGACCAAGAGGCACCAGUGGUCCCUCAGGAGAUCCUGGAAUAGAUGGCUGGCAAGGACAGAAAGGUGAAAGAGGAUACCCUGGCAGGCUUGGGGUCCAAGGUUUACCAGGUCAUCCUGGCCCUCCGGGACCCAGAGGUAAACAGGGAGAGAGGGGGUUUAAUGGUCGCCCAGGUGACACAGGAGACCCAGGACUCUCUGGUAAUAAAGGUUCACGUGGUCCACCAGGAUUACCAGGACCACUUCAUUACGUGAAUAUAACAAAAGGCCCAGAAGGACUUACAGGAAGGAUGGGGCAACCAGGACUACAAGGACCUGCAGGCUUAAAGGGCUCAAGGGGAGUGCCAGGUGAUUCAGGGGCUGAUGGAUGGCCUGGUCCGCCUGGGUUUAAAGGCAGCACCGGUGCUCCAGGCAGGUCAGCAAUACCAGGACCUCCUGGAUACCCUGGAAUCAAAGGUUUCCCUGGUCCAAGAGGAUAUCUUGGACAGCGUGGAGAUCCGGGAGAUCCAGGGCCUAGGGGACAUUCGGGUAUCCCAGGGUUGCCGGGAUUUCCUGGGCCCAAGGGUGAGCCAGGACAGUCUUAUGGACAACCUGGUCUACCUGGACCUAAAGGAUUGCCAGGGGAGGAUGGACCAAGUGCACCCAGAGGGAGUCCAGGAGAUCCAGGUGACCCAGGACCCCAGGGAAGGUCAGGACAGCCUGGACAACCGGGCAUUCCUGGGGAACCAGGAAGACGAGGAGAACCAGGUUUCCCUGGGCCUCGUGGCACAUCAGGUCGUCCAGGUCUUCCAGGUCUUCCAGGUCAUCAUGGAGGUCUGGGACCACCAGGCCCACCUGGCCCAUAUGGGCCUCCAGGGCCCCCUGGGGAACCAGGCCUGGAUGGACUGAAUGGGCUUAGAGGGACAAAAGGAAUGGAAGGAGCAAGCGGCAUAGGUAUCCCUGGCCCUCCAGGACCAGAUGGUUUUCCAGGAGUAAAAGGUCUCAAGGGCCAGGGAGGGCCUUCAGGAGCCACUUUUCCUGGGGAUAAAGGACAGAGGGGCCCACCUGGCGACACAGGUCUUCCAGGCCUCCCAGGCGAACCUGGUUACCCUGGCAAAGAAUGCUCUGUGCCUUUACCAGGACCCUAUGGAGAUGUAGGAUAUGAAGGACCUCCAGGACCUCCAGGUCCUGUUGGGGAACCAGGCCUUCCAGUCAGCAACAUUUUCAAAGGAGACCCAGGCCCAGUUGGACUUCCUGGGUUACCAGGUCAUAAGGGGGUUAAGGGCCUCCCUGGGCCUCCUGGAUCUCAGAAUUACCCAGGCUUUACAGGACCAAAAGGUGAGAGAGGUCCUGCUGGUCCCGGGGGUCCUCUAGGACCCAAAGGUCGGAAAGGUGUCCCUGGGCCUUGGGGCCGCAAGGGAGUAACAGGCUCAGCGGGAGAUGCAGGUGUCAAAGGUGCUCCUGGUGAUUCCAUCAGUGGACACCUAGUGUUGGCUCCCCGUGGACUUCCAGGACCACAAGGUUACCCAGGAUCUGUUGGAUUCCCUGGUGAUGUGGGUCCUCCUGGUUUUCCAGGACAUAAAGGAGAGAAAGGUCCUAUAGGGUCUGUGGGCCUCCCUGGUGUACCAGGUCCUCAUGGUCUUGAUGGUCCUUUAGGAGAUCCAGGAGAUGUGGGUCAGCGAGGAUUCACUGGACCUCAGGGUAUCCCAGGUCCACCAGGGGAUCCAGGUGAGCAAGGCCACAGGGCGGCGUUGAGGUCAAGCUUCCUUUUGGUUAUCCAUAGCCAGGCAGUUCAGGUACCACGGUGUCCUGAAGGCAGCAGUCAGCUUUGGGUGGGCUACAGUCUGGUCUACUUGGAGGGACAAGAGAAGUCUCACACUCAAGAUCUGGGCCAAGCUGGCUCCUGCCUCAAUGUUUUUUCCACCAUGCCUUUCUCCUACUGCAACAAAGCUGCCUGUCACUUCUCUAGUCGCAACGACAAAUCCUAUUGGCUCUCCACCACCGCUCCCAUACCCAUGAUGCCACUCUUUGGCCAGGAGAUUAGCUCCCACAUCAGCCGCUGUGUGGUGUGUGAGACCGUUUUGCCCGCAGUAGCUUUUCACAGCCAGGAUCACACGGUCCCUGCAUGCCCACCUGGCUGGAGGAGUCUGUGGACGGGGUACUCUUUCCUCCUGCACACAGGGGCUGGUGAUGAGGGUGGUGGCCAGUCUCUGAGUUCUUCUGGUAGCUGCCUUAAGGACUUCCGGACUCACCCCAUCAUAGAGUGCCAGGGUCCCCGCGGUUCCUGUCACUACUUUGCCAAUCUCUACAGUUUUUGGCUGACUACUGUUAGUCAGACAGAGCAGUUUAUCACCCCGAGUCCUGGCACCAUCAAGGCAGCCGACCAACAGCGACGCAAGGCCAGUCAGUGUCAUGUCUGCCUCAGAGAACAAUGAAAGACCUCUUGUCAAUUUGAACUUUAAUGACUUUUAGUCCAUUUAAGCUAUUCCAUUUUCAAACUCUAAUUCUAAUUACCACGCAAGGGUACAGAUGGGGAAAAACAAAAUGUGGCUUUGCAAUAUAUACACUGUUAGCUUCAUCUGAGCAACUGUUUUAAACCAUGUUGCAGUCACUGUGUGGUUUCUGUCAUUACUUUCAAUGAGGUGCUAUUUCUAAUCAUGAAUAAUGAUAAUGAUGUUUGAUAAUCGAUCACCUAGCUGCUGUACCGUAACAUUAUGUGAUAACCCACCUUUUCAGACUACUUUUCAAAUCCUAUCUAAAUCAUCCUUUAGAAACACUCAGAAGACAUUUCUUCUUAAGUGGUGCUCCUCAAUUAAAAUGCUUUAAAAAGUU